AUGGCGUCGCCGUUGCCCCCAAACAUCGAUCCCAGACUGGAUUCUCAGCUUGGUGAACUGAUGGAUAUUCCCAACCCAAUGAAAACAGAGCCCGAUGAGGCCUCAAACGCCGAGACUGGUAUCGCGACUCCUUCGCCUGAUCCGUCUUUGUGGCCGUAUGAUGAUUGUUGGACAAGCUCCCGUCCCAUCGAGCCUACAGUCUGGGCUCCCAAUGCCAAGCUUUGCGACUGUCUCGAGCACUCCGAAACUACUUGGCCAGCCGAGCAUGCUAUUCUUCUCAUUCCAGACUGUGCAAAACGGUGCCCGUACUGUACGUGGAAGACCGACAAGUCUGCACAGGUCAAUGUCGAAAAUCCUGCCCCAUUGUUGCGUCGACACAUCCGUGACUAUCACCUGAAAGGGAGCAAUGACUACCCCGGUAUUACCGUUGAUCCGCUACGUGUGUAUAUCUAUCGGCUUUUCCUCUAUUUAUGGUUCCCUGCUAACUCCGGUACCACUAGGUGUAAGAAGGUUCGGUACACUAACUACGAGCUCACCCGAGGCGGUCGUCCUACUCUCGAGAAGAACACCGAGGAGGCAUAG